UUGAAGCUUCCUUUCCCUGCUUCUGGCCGUGUCUGCAGAUAUGAGGUGGAUUCUACUUCUCGGGGCCCUUCUCGGGGCUGCCCGGGGCCUGCAAAUAUUUGCUGGCGACCAAGUUCUUCGGGUUGAGCCUUGCAACACCGAACAGGUCCACCUACUGAAGCAGCUGGAAGCGCAAGAAUCUCUCCGGCUUGAUUUCUGGCGGUUCCCUUCCUACCUGGAUCGCCCGGUGGAUGUCCAGGUGCCCUUUGCGUGUCUCCAAGCGGUCAAGGUUUUCCUGGAGUCCCAUCACAUCAAAUACUCAGUCAUGAUCGAAAAUGUCCAGGCCAUGGUGGAUGAAGAAACCCGAGAGAUGGAAUUAAGUCAACGAAGAGAACGCAGCGGGAAUGGUUUCAACUAUGCCGCUUAUCACCCCUUGGAAUCCAUUUAUAAAGCUAUGGACGAUAUUGCAGCCGAACACCCCCAGCUUGUGAGCAAACUCCAGAUUGGAGAAUCAUAUGAAAAAAGGCCUCUCAACAUUCUCAAGUUCAGCACCGGAGGGACAAAUCGUCCCGCGAUCUGGAUUGACGCCGGGAUUCAUGCUCGGGAAUGGGUCACCCAAGCCACGGCCCUCUGGACAGCGAACAAGAUUGCCUGUGACUAUGGGAAUGAUCCAGCAUUAACCGCCGUAUUAAACACAAUGGAUAUUUUCCUGCUGCCUGCUGCCAAUCCCGACGGAUAUGUCUUCUCUCAUACCACGAACCGCAUGUGGAGGAAGACCCGUUCCAGGGUCCCCGGCAGCACCUGCGUUGGAGUGGAUCCCAACAGAAACUGGGACGCAGGUUUUGGAGGACCCGGAGCCAGCAGCAACCCCUGUUCCGAUUCCUACCACGGGCCCAGCGCCAACUCCGAAGUGGAAGUCAGGUCCAUUGUGGAUUUUAUCAAGAGCCAUGGGAACGUCAAAGCCUUCGUCAGCAUCCACAGCUACUCCCAGCUUAUGAUGUACCCUUAUGGAUAUAAGUGCAGCAACCCCAAGGAUGCUAAAGAGCUGGAUGAAGUGGUGAAAGCUGCCACUAGCGCCUUGACAUCCCUAUACGGCACCAAAUAUAAAGUCGGGCCAAUUUGCUCCGUGAUCUACCAAGCGAGUGGUGGCAGCAUUGACUGGUCUUACGACUACGGCAUCAAGUACUCCUUUGCCUUCGAACUGCGCGACACCGGCCGGUAUGGCUUCCUUUUACCCGCAAAUCAGAUCAUUCCUACAGCAGAAGAGACCUGGCUGGCGCUGAAGACCACCAUGGAAUACGUGCGAGACCACCCUUAUUGAGAAAGGGAGUAGGGCAGGUGGCGAAAGAAGGGAUCAUGUUCACGGGAACAAAGUCCUUUUGGUCUUGCUGGAUAGCGACACUCGGUGUUUUGUCUGUCUUCUCUCUGAAAUCAAAUUUAUUUCUAAAUAUA